CCUUUCUUUCGUCUACUUCUACAUUAUUUGACAAACAUCUCACGAAGUCGCGAGAAUUAGUCAAGGAAAUGCUUAGAGAAAGAGGGUUACCCAUAAUUAACACCACAGCAUCUGCUUUUAUAAAAGGAGAUCUUAAGGCACUUAAAGUGAACUUCAAACCUGUCGAAUGCAAUAACAAAAUCGCUCCUGAAGUUGAUGACUUAUUACCAGAACAAUAUAUUCUCCACGAUAUCCAUUUCGCUGAUCUUGAGAAGCAAAAUUUCGAUGUAAGAAAGAUUGACGUUUCUGACGAUGUUCGGACAUUUAUUCUCAAACUGCAUUGGGUUGUAAAGAACUCAGGCACUGAUGAAACUUUUACUGAUACAUUAAUGGAUGAUUUGCUUCGUAUUGUUGGGUUUAAUACUUUUCCUUUGGAGAUUAGAAAUCACCAAGAAUGCAGAUUGUUCAUUGGAGGACAUCCUUAUUUAACAGCAGAUCCCGAAUUUUCGAUUAAGAUGAUAGACACGGCCAUGAUUGCUGUGGAGGAUAAACAUAUCGAAAAUAUUGAAAAAUGGCUAGACUACGGAUCAGGCCAUGGAACAAACUAUACAGUAUAUGCUGUUCGCAUCAUCUCAACAUAUGUUACGUUCUACAAAACUGUGAUUCCUUCAUCAUAUUUUGAAGAACUUAGCGAGGAAGGUCUGCCACAAAAACAAUCGGUUGAAAUUUUAAGGUGGCCAGAAGAAAACAUCCCAAUAGCCGGCUUGAAUAUUGCAGAACCAGAAGGAAGACGUGAAGUGCUAGAAAUAUUAAUCAAAAUUCGUAAACAUCUUGUAGAGAAGGGAAAUUAUGUAUAUUAA